CCCAACAUUUAUGAAUAUGUUGCUUUAGGUUAUUGCAAUGUCGUACAUGAACGCGCAGGUGAAAUGGAUAAGUAUUGUCGGUAUCAUUUGAUUUCUGGUUUCGCUCUUAUUGGUUACUUCUGUGCAGCAGAGAACAAUUAUGGAACGAUAUCUUUGGUCGGGCCAGUUUUUGUGAACAGGGAGGUAACCCUGAAAGUAACACCGUUCUACCCUUGGGGAUGUGAGGUAGAAUGGAAAUACAUAAUGGAAGGUGACACACGAUUCCAAACAAUGAAUGGGCCAAAUGUUACAAGAUAUUCGGAGAAUGGGUCAUUCUUUUUGAAAUGGAACGCUUUGAAUAAAUACAACGGAUCUGAAUUCUACGCCGGAUGUUCAACAAACACAACAAUAAGAACACGCUUAAUACAGUUAAAUAUGAAGGAUAUUCCUCGCCAAUGUGGGGCUGUCGUUCUUCUUAGCCCGGUUUUUCGCGGCGCCGACGUCAAACUAGGAUAUUUUCCGUCUGACGCUGCUAUAUCGCCACAUAGACGAUUAUGGAAGAAAAACAUCGAAAAUAUACAGUUUCACAACGGCCAUCAUUAUGUAGAGGAAAUAGUAUCUGAAUAUUUGUACAUAUUAACUAUAUUCCACUUUAAUGAAAGAGACGAGGGAUCAUAUAGUUUAGAGUGCAAUGCAGUGGAUAGCACGGAACCUGUGCAGCUUUAUAUUUCAGAGCGACCAAGUUAUCCAGUCCUCGGUCCACAGUACCCCGACUUUAACACAACACAAUGCAUUUACCAGUAUGCAGGCUCCGAUGUAUAUUGCAAAACUAACAAUGGAUCAGAACCUGUUAAAGUAUUACUUAUACUUGGACAUGAUUCAUUUGUUCUUCCUGAAAGCGAACAGAACAGAGGGUUGUACCGAAUCAAUAACGUCCAUCAACAAAUUGCUGGACUGUCAAGACGGAAUGUGACAUGUCAGGUUUCUAAUGCAGCCCUUGAAACACCCUAUGAAGUGCAUGGCAUUCUAUGUAACGUAGAGAAAGGAAGCCUGCCUUUUCUCACAGUUCCCGCAUUCCUUCAUGGAGAAAGUUCUACAUCAAUUUGUGAAGUGCGCAAUGCUAUUCCAGCUCCGGUUAUUGAAUUUCACAUUGACAACGUCUUGCUAGCAGAUGUUCAACAAAUCGAUUUAUUUAAUAUAUCUUCUCAUACGUUUACCAGCACAGCAACGAUUGCAAACGCUAACAAAACAUGGAAUGGAAAGCAAAUGUGCUGCACCAGGAAAAGCACGUACAGUUUUGGUUUAACAGAUGUGUCAGUAUGCAAAAACAUUAGUAUGAAAGAAGUAACAACCAACCCUGCACUAGCUGUAACCGAACAGUGGCAUUCGAUCCUUUACGCCGUAGCUGGAAUUCUUCCAGCUUUACUUGGAACGACGUUUACCGUGCUUCUCUUUCGUCGAUGCAAACAUCAUGAGUCUGAAACGAUUCUAUGCCGAAGAAGAACUGUCGUUAGAGAGCAGCAUUUGCAUGUGCAUGAUGUUGUUCAACCUAAUUUGGAUACAACUGCCCUUCACAAUCUAGGAGAUGUGUCUGCAAGUACAAUCGAGAAUACACAUGUACCAUCACUUGUGGAUAUGGAAGAAACCGAAGACCGUUUAUACGAGAAUGUUUGCCACUACGAAAAUGUGAAUACCCUAACCGACCACCGAGAUAAACGUGUCGGAUAAACAAACCCGAUGCAAAUUAUAUUUACAAUGUCUAUGCUAUUUGAGUAUCCUAUCCCAAUAUUUAUGUAGUCAGAAUUUAGUAUUUUACAAUAGUAUUAUUGUGUGUGUGUGUGUGUGUGUGUGUGUGUGUGUGUGUGUGUGUGUGUGUAUAUUGUUCUUAACUGUGUGUUGUCGUAUGAAGCUAUACUAGCUUUGCAGUUGUACACGUGUAUAUGUGAACACAACGCUACUUGUAAUUUAUGUCCAAUUACUUCAGUAUAAUAGUGUAUCUUGAAUAAUAACAGACAGAGCCCCUCAAAUAUCGGUUUCAUUUGUUAAGUCGUGAGCUGGACGUUGUGCAA